GAGACAGCCGCCGGGGUCUCUCAGCCGGCCCUCCCCCCGCGCAGAGGUCCUGCGGCAGGCGCAGGCGCAGCGGAGGCCCGCGUGGGUCUGCGCGUUCUCCGGCGCAGGGGAGCUGCAGGAGAUGUCCGUGCCACCGGGCCCCGUGAGAGCCGACGCCGCCGACCCCGUCCUGCGGUUCCUGGCCGGCUCCUUCGGCGGCGGCACGGACCUCGCGGCGCCGCUGGCGCGCGGCCUGGAGCUCGCGGGCGGGGCGCGCUUCCGCGACGCGGACCUCCUGCUGGUCACCGACGGCGAGGUCCCCCAGCCGCCGGAGCGGGUCCUGGAGCUGCUGGCGACGCUCCGACGAGAGCGCGGGCUGCGCCUCUUCGGCCUGCUGAUCCGGGGGGACGGGGCCUCGGAGGACCCCCCCUCGGUGCUCCCCGCCCUCUGCGACGAGUGGCAGCGCUUCGAGGCCCUCGGUCGGGUGCCGCUCCGCUGGCGCCCGCCGUGACGUGAGGCCCCGCGGUCCCCCGGGGCGCGCGGCGCGGCGAGAA